AUGGAGACUGAGGAUGAGGAGAUUGCCGUGCCCGUGAUCCGUGCUUCGGCUGAUGGAACCCUGGGAAAGGAGCAAGGCAAUUCCAAGGAAGAGCACAAACCAUAUAGCGAACGAACCUACAGUACAACUGGCAUGGUGAUACAACGACAACACCAGCAGGGACUCCAGUUUCAGACUCGAAGUGCGUUGUAUUUCCAUGGGCUGUUCCUUGGGCCCUCCCUUUGGCGCUUCCUUGGGCUAUCCCGCGGUAAGCUUUGGGCAAGAGGCAAAGUCUUCGAUUGGCAAUUACAGCCACUUCCCCAACAUGCCCAUGGACUCGCAGACAACAUAACUGUGAAUAUUGUAGAAGAAAUUGAAAUGAAAAUCUCAAUACUGGAGUUCGACCGAAUCAGUUCUCACACCAUAAGAUUAUGGGUAUGGGACCUUGAUGUCGAACAGGCCAAAACACAUAAGACAGCGGGCCUGCUGCGCAACACCUGUGGUGAAAAGCAGCACCCACCAGCGAGGUAUAGUACUUAA